GUGACAUCCUUUGUGUUGAAAGUAGACACGAUGAAUGCAGAUGAAAUGGCGACUGGAGAGAAAGCAAAGUAUUUGCUAACGUUGACUCUACAGACAAAGCUUACUGAUUUGAAUGUUUAUUUAAAACUUCCAUAUAAUACAACGUCGCUGUUCACUGUGUCUAGUGUUGAGAUUGGUGAAAUAGGUAGUAAUCUCGUCUUGCAAGAACCAUUACCUAAGCCUGUUUUAAAGACAGUGAGGAACAACGCAGGAAACAACCAGGUCGUGUGGUCGUUCGGAGCGAUAGAACGUGUGAGUGAGUUCCCUGCAGAAUCUUCUCAUGAUGACAUGGUGGUACGUGCUACUAUACAAGCCCAAGAUCACCCAAAGAUGUUCCAGAAUAGCAUUCAUUGGCUAAAUUUUGCUGCAAUUUAUAAUGAAUCAUCGCAGUAUGUCGUACAAAAACCUGUUACAGUACGCAGUGGUGGAAAGACGUUUGUGAAAGUAGAUCUUCGCUUGAAUUCCACCUUUCAAAGUUCGUACGAUUCCAUCUACAGCGCAGGGUGAGUCUUAUGUUAACGUAUAUAUAUAAAGAUUUUAAGACUAACACGGCGUCUCAGACGUGGUGCAGGUCCAGUCUAAACGUAGCAUUCUCCUGAAAGAUUAAAAACACUUCAACAUUUCGAGCCCCUUCGUCAAGUAGUUAGUAAAAGGGAAAUUCAUGGCAUGCAUGCCUCUCGUGGUGUCGAAGUUUUAAAUUUUUUCGAGUAGUUCCACUAAAAAAAAGGAAAGUGAAAAAUCAUUCUCAAAAAUCAGUGGCUCAAAUAUUCCACCCACUUCGUUAUGCAUGACAACAUUCAAUUUUUUUAUUUUUGAUACAUUUCUCAAGCGGCAAACCAAGUUAAAGAGUAUGUUUAGUGCUUUAUCUGUAUAAAAUUAUCUUGCACGCGUUCAUCGUCGAGAAUGUCUUGAUUCCCAAAGAUGACUCAUGCAAGAUAAUCGAAACGUCGAAUAAACCGCUUUCGAACUGUCAAUAAAGUUACCAACCGUUACUUUGGCAGAAGGAUACCUAGAGACCUAGAGUCUAGACAUGUGCCUUUGAAGGCAAAUGUUUAGAAGCAGCAGCUAUAUUCUAAUUAUCAAAUUAGGAGUUUCAACCAUGAAUGCUCCAUAUCCCCGAAAUUAGGCAUUAUAUUUAAUCCAAAAAAGUUUUGAAGACUCAAAUUUCCAGAACGUAAGUCGUAACGUUUAAAACAUGUCAGCCAUCCAAAUUCGCGCCCCAAAUAGUUCGCAAAAAUUGUGAUGAUUUUUGUAUCUUGUUUCCUAGACAAACAAGGUCGUUUGGUGUGGAAAUAUUUCAUCACUAUGAUUCACGUGCAUCAACUAAAAAUUUGGAAUUAAUUAUAUUAACACAAGACUACCUGAAGUUCGAAAGUGUGACCUCAGAGAAUUCUCUUGACCAUACGUACGAGGUUACCAACACCACUGGACGUACGGUAAUUAAGGUGGGUAUACCUCCAUAUCCCGGAAUUUUGUGCACACAAAAAUAGUCACUUUGGACAUAAUUCUUUACUAAAUUCGCUUCAGGAAACAUGAGAAAUUUUGUCCCGGAGCUUAAUUUAAAAAUGCGAAUGCUGUCUUCCGUCGCUAUAUCAAACGUGGUAUCUUGACUACUAUAGAAAAUGCUUUGCUAACUAUUGAGUUUUUGAUCAUGCCGUUCGAUGGGACUGAUAAACUUAAAUGCAUAUAUUUAGAUAUACAUAUUUUAUCUGUACAUACUUUAGAUCUAACCAGGAGCAGUUGCAAAAAUGCAACUUAAGUCCUCUGGCAGGAAUCGACCCUGCGAUUUCGGUGCUCUAACUAACUGAGCUACAGAGUCCAGGUUAUAGGUAUAAAAUGUAUAUAAAAUUAUAUUACAUUUAUUUGCGUUAAAUUCCAUCUAUAAGAAAUCAUCUGCAUUAAUUUUUAACCACUACAGUUCAGGUUAAAAUCUUUGGACAUGACGUAUAUACCUAACCAAUUCGUCACAUCUUCCCAGUGCCGGUGACAAAUGAACUAUAACUAUCAUUCAUGAGUUUCCUUUAUGAUCUAUGUGAAGGCAUGCUAUAAAAUAAGAAGCCCUUUGACCCUUUGUCCUCUCAUUCGCAUUUAAUUUUUCUCCGCGUUUUCUCUGAACAGAGGUUCUAUUUCUAUCCUUGUUAAAACGGCAUCUGUACAUAAUAAUUAUGUAUGAGAAUAGAAUUUUCGUACAUGGAAUGUAUAUGAUUUUGUUUAUCUAUUUAUUUAUUUCUUGCAUUUAGAUUUCUCAUCUCAAUCUGCAUCAAACAUUAUCACUUAAAAUAUCCAUGACAGUUGGUGUGUUUACUCCGAAUAUCUCAAGAAGUAAGAUAAAUGAUCACUAUUUCACUAACAAUGUGAUAGCAGAGUUGCAUUACAAUGGAUUAUCACCUGAGAUUUGCCAACACGAUACUCCUGUGCAGGUUGUAGUUAAGACAUUUGAUUAUCAAGUGGUGCCAAUUUUUUCCAAAAAAGAAGGUACAUGUAAUUUUCAUUGUCAAACAGUAAAGUAGCAUUUUAUUAUGAUGUGGUUGCACGCUCACAAGGGUGGGAAAAUAGUGGGGUGGAUGGAUUCAGCCAACAGACAAAAUUUAACAUACGUUAUAUUAUGAAUGUUCAAAAAGUAGUGGUGGGACCUCCGCCCCCCUUCUGGAUUGUCGCCCAGCUUUCAUCUUUGCAGCUGGGACAUGUGGCGAUCUGAUUAGGAGCGUUUUCAGUUAGAUACUAUCAAGCACCAUACCUUUACCAAAUACUUCUAUAAUCACUCAAAAGAAGAAGCGUAAAAUGCACACAAAAUAUUCAUCUGAUCUGAUAUUGAUGAGAAAAUAUAUAUCAUUGCUUUAAGAUAUGAUGAUGGUUUUGCAAAAAGAUCGUGUAUUCAGUUUAAGAAUAGUCCUUGGGUAGAAGUUUAAACCGACCUCGAACACAGGUUCUCAUUCUGCGCUAAUGAGAGCCUGGGUUGUUGCGGUUUAAGGAGAAAGCCGAAUUACGCAUUGGACUUACAGGACCAGUUUGCGUGCAAACAUUGUGACAAUAUAUACGUUGAUCAAAGCAUUUCGAAUUUUUUUUUUAAAGCAAAAUCUCCAAGCUUGCAUUAUAUAGGCAAAAUUUGUUUUUGGCAAAACUCGCCGCUUACAAGUAGAAACCAACCCAACUUUUUCGCGGUGAGUUUUGUCAAGCCAUCAUUUACAUUGCUGCAUGAAUCAGUUAUAUUUUGCUUCGCGCAAAAAAUUCGGUCAACGAAAUUGUUGUUAACCUGAAUACAUAUUCUUUUUUUCUGCAGCCUCCUUGAUCGAACCAUUCCCUUUGAUUGAAACACUUGACCCUCCAAUGAAAUGCUCCUCAUGUGGUUUCUACAACUGUUGUACUUCAAAGAAUUUGACAAUAAACUCACCAUCUUACUGGAUGCCAUUCAGUGUUGAAGAUAAACAACAAUUUUUGGAAUUUGACUUCCGUACAGCCAUUAUGCUUAAAGAAAUUUCUCUCCAAGGCAGUGGAAAAGAACGUAAUGCUUUUGUGAAGACGUUUUCUCUUAUGUCUAGUAACGAUGGCAUACGUUGGACGACUCAAAUAUAUCGUGGUAAAAAGCAGGUUUGAAUCCAUUCGAUUUUUUAGACUGGACUUUCUUUCUCAGAAAUAUAUUAUUCAUUUGUAAUUGUAACCUUAAUCGUUCCCAAUCUCAAAUGUAGUCUGCAUCAAUAUUUGUAUCGGCUCACAGCAAACUACGUACAAACUCCUUCGCGCUCAUGAUUUCUUUUGUGUUUUCUUCAUGAAUUAUUAUCAGAAACUUUUGUUCUGUCUUUUUUAAACACACCAGUCAACUCGUGCAUAUUGCCUUAAAAUGAAUUAGUUAAAAUUAAUUUCCAUGGUCCUUCAGGCAGCUAGUGGUUUCAGAUCCUCUUGUCAUCUUCGUGUCAGGUUAUAUAGAGUUUAGUUUUUGUAUUAAUUUGCUCUAAAUUUCUAUAAACUUUUGCUGAUGUUUUUAGAUGUUUUCUGGAAACCAUGUUUGCUGUCAAUACAAACGUGGUUAAAUAAUCAUAUCUAUCUAUUUAUCACCUCGAUAUAUGGCCUUUGAGCUUUUUAACACGAAUAUUAGUACCACGUGCACUUGGAAAUGAAUGCCUCUCUGUAAUUUACCUGGUAAAACUGACUUAGUGCAUCAUGGGUGCAUGUUUAAAACUGCCCUUCCCGGAAUUUGUCGUCCCUGGUUAAUAAUAUGUGUGUUAUUCUAAUUUAGAACUUGAGUGGAAGUUUUUAAGCCUAUAGUAAAAAAUUAGGAAAAAAUUCAGUAAUAAUUGUGGGUUCAAGAAUAAAAAUAACUACAUCCCAUCUCUUCAAAUUUUUGUCUUGCAGAUUUACGAAGGAAACAGUGACUGUGAGAGCGUUGUUGUACGAAAGAUCAAGCCGGUGCUCAAGUCAAGAUACGUCAGAAUUAUUCCUUUAACAUGGCGCAAACGAGCUGCACUUAGGUUGGAGUUUUUUAUUAAAUCUGGUGACAUUGAAG